AUGAUAAAAGCUGGAGAGAGACGGAGAUUAAUUGCGGAGAGACAGGUGCCGCGAGUCGCCCACGUGGUUUUAAAGAGACUAACAGACCGGUGUAGUAGAUGGGAGAAGACAACCCAACAGCAAACAGCAACACAGUAUAAUGAUGACCAACGGACAACCGCUGGCUUCCUUCUGAGUUCCUUCUGCUGGACAAACGCAUUCAACAGAUAG